AAAAUAAUGUGCGCUUUAAUCACGCAUGCUACUUUAUUUUCAAGAAAGCAUACAGUCAACGCAUCGACUACGUUACAUCGGUGCAGAGAUUACUUCUUCACUACUCUUGCUUUCUCAGACUGCUCAUAAUAUGGCGACCCAUGGAACAGGCAGGAGGGGAAGGGCCCAGGUCUGGAGCAAGCUAGGGCCCUCUGGCAAGCAGAACAAAAUGUUCUGCAAGCCGAUUGACAGGAUAAGAAAGGCGAGUGUCGUUUCUGCAGACAUUUUACAUUGACAAUUUUGUAGUUACACGCUGUUUCAUGUUUCUGUGCGGCUGGCUUGGAGAUCCUUGAAUGCAUGGGGGAGCCUCUUGCCCAUAUGAGUGUUACCAUGGUUACUGGAGCUGUGCUUUCCUGGACAUUACUUAAUCAUGCUGGCAUGCAUCUUCGGCGACUCGCAGCUGAGGGGGGUGGUGCAAGAGGCUGUACCCUUGCCCACCCACCCUAGAUGGCAGUUCAUAGUGAGCUCCACUCCAGGAGGCACGUGUGGACAUAUUGAACUGGAGUUCAAGUCCUUCGUCUUCCCUUGCAGACCCGAUCUGAUCGUCGUUGAAGCGGGGACGAACAACCUUCGCCAACCAGUCGAGGAAGCGGAAAUGGAGUUUCGUCACCUUCUCAGGAUAGCACGAAAGACGUGUGAGGUGGUGGCGAUCUCCAUUCUUCCUCGACUGGAUGGCCUAGGGUAUGUCGUCCCCAGCUUCAACGCAGCAUUUCAGAGGUCUGCAAGGGAAGAAGGUGCCUCCUGGGUGGAUCUCACGGAUAGGUUCCCAGUGCAGGAGCUCAGGCUGUGGGCAUACGAUGGUGUUCACCUUAGCGACUGCACUGGGAUGCCGCGCCUGACAGCUGCGGUCGCCGAAGUUUGCAGCCAGUGAUUCUUAAUUCAUAUAAUUCUUAAGGAAAAUGUAUAAGCUUUCUGUCAAUGUUAUUGGUAUGAUUGUAAUACAUUACAAUUCGCUAUACUACAACAUGAGGAUAAUUAUGAUGAAUAAAUAAAUGUUAAAUAGAUAAAUAACUUUA